AUGUCAGCCCCACCAAUCAGUCUUAAUCUCAGCAAUGAUAUCCCAUCAUCAUCUUCGCGCCUGAUGCCUUCCGAUGGUAUCAGGUCAAUGUCAAUCAACGACACCGAUGAACUUGAAGCCAACCUCGUCAUGGACCUAGCGAGGGCGAGGCGGGAUGUAUUUAGGGCGGAGAAGGUGCUAGCGGAUUGUGUAGUGCGAGAAUGCGAAAUCAUGGCGAAUCUUUCUAAGCACCAGUCCGACGUUUCGAAGAAAAAGCUCGACAAAGCAGAUAUAGGAUUAGGUUUGCAAGAACAAUCCAACCGUCGUGUAUCAGUAAUUUUAGACUGA